AUGAAAUUAUUAAUAUUAUUAUUAAUUUCAUUAUUAAUUAAUGGAGCAUUAUCUAUUAAUUAUAGUGGAAAGUAUUUCAAACCAACCGAGUUUAGAUUCUUAGCUAGAUUCGGUUUUAGUAGUGAAGGUGGUACAAUGGAACUACAAAGAUUCCAAUCCAAUUACAAUACAACAAAAAUAUUAUUAUAUUCAGAUGGAAAUAAAUAUUUUGAUAAAAUUGUAAAUGACUUUGGUAAAAAUAAAAUGAGAUGUGUAGAUAAGAUUAAUAUGGCCGAUUAUGAAUAUUCCCUACCAGACCCAGUUGGUAAACCAAAUGAAAAUAGACACAUUUAUGAUAUUAAACCAAUUUCUCAACAACGUGAUCGUGUUUGGGUUGUAGCAAUUGCAGACUGUAGCUCACAAUUCUCUCAUUCAUAUAAACCAGCUUACAAAUCCUACUAUACCUUUGAAUUAUCAAACAAUGGUGAUAAGUUUGAUAAAGAACUUUCAGUAGAACAACAAUCAAUUCCACAAGCUCAUAUAUUCUUCUUUUUAUUAUUUACAAUAUUUUUAGCAAUUUCAAUUGUUUACACUGUUGUACUUUCAAGAAAAGGUUUACAAAACAAAGUACCACUAUUCUUCUCCAUUAUUUUAGUAGUAUUCUUAGUUUCUUUAGGUUUAUUCAUUGCAAAUUGGGCUCAUAUUAUUAAAUUUAGAAAAUAUGAAAAGAAAUUUUUAAAUUUAUUUGGUAAUAUUUUUAUGAUUUUAGGUAAUGGUUUAUUUGUUGCUUUAAUUUUAAUGAUUGGACAAGGCUGGACAACUUCAAUCUAUUAUGGUACUAUUAUCAAAAAAGUUGUUAAUGCAUUUGUUGUUAGUGCUUUGGUUAUAGUUGGUUGGGCUUUAUAUAUUGUAUUUGCUUACAAAUCACCAGAACAAAAUAACUACAUCUACUUUAUGGACACUUGUGGAGGUUAUGUAUUGGCAGUAUUCUAUGUUGUAAUUAUUAUUUACUUCUGUUGGACCAACCUUAUUAUUCGUACUAAACAAAAUGAUGAAGUUAAAAAGAAUUUUAUUUUAACAUUUACCAUUAUCUUUGCUUUCUGGUUAAUUUCACAUCCAUUGGUUGUUAUUGUUGCCCACUUUAUGGAUCCAUGGGUCAAAUAUAAAGUAAUAGCUCUUUUAAAUCUUGCUAUCAACACAAUAUUCUUUAUUAUUCUCUUAAUUUUAUUCCGUCCAACUAAUGAAAAUCCAAUUGUUGCUGUUAUUGAGACUGAUAAGAAAUUAGGUGAUAGACCAAUGGAAAUUAAAGAAGAUGGUGCAGGUGAAAAUAAAGUAAAUGAUUUAAAUAUUCUUCAAUAA